AUGAUUGACAUCGGCACAAAAAACGCUUCGCCGCACACUGGACGAAAGCAGAUUGGCACCGACAACACGGCGGCGGCACCUCCAUCCCCAUGGCAAGCUUUGACUGCUUGGACCUCCUCCAGGGGGUUCCCCCGUACACCACACGAUACUUUCCACUGA